CUUUAGCAACCGCCGCAAGAUACUUUAAAAUGUAGUUGAGGCCUGGUGUUGACAUUGUGUUGCUCAAACAGUGUGACCCGGUAGGAGGGCAUCGCUGGGACGGACUGAUUCACACAUGAUGCACUCAUUCUCUUCAAGCUGCUAAUAACCGAUUCAUUAUAUUUGUCAUUAUGGUAGAGCACACUUUUAAUCAGUUCCUGUAAGGACUAUUUAUUUAUUUAUUUUUAGAUUUUUGCAUACCCCUUCCCAGCUUGACGGCAAAGUGGCUUCAGUCGGUCAGGAAGGUAAACAUGUCACAGAUAGCGGUGAAGGAGUGACAAACACGUGACUUUAACUGAUCUCUAACUCUGAAUGCUGUAACAUUUUCAGCUUUUUUUUAUUUAUUUAUUUUUUUUACAUUUUAUCUUGAUAAAACCUCAAACCUCAAUUUAUUUAGUCUGGAACAAACUUCCAGAAAACAGCCAAAACAAUGAGUUCCUUUUUAUUAAGGCUAAAACUCCAGUUGCUUAGAGCUGCCUUUGAUUCAUAAUUCAGUAUGUUUUCUUGAUGAUGGCAUUUGUAACAUUUAUUGCAUUUUUAAUUGGUAACUGAAUUGUGUUUUUAUGGUGCAGAAGUAUCGAUGCUGGAUUGGACAUCUAGUGAUGCACACCUGCAAGGCUCCAUCCAUUACGAUGCAUUAAGUCAUGGCCACAAAACCAAAGAGUCGAAGCAACUUGAUAUGUUAUCUGACUUCUAUAAAAUAUGGCUUCAUUUGAUUCUGAUAAAAUUGCAAAUGUUUUAAUAGAGCACUUAAUAAAGCUCACUUCAGCCUAGGUGCUGAAAUGAGCUAUACAAAUAAGGUUGACUAAAUGCACAACUGCACGUUUGGGUUCUGCACAAAAAGAGAAAGAUAUGUGGUUUAAUUAUUUUUGACUCUACUUAGUUGGGGAAACCCCCCCCAGAAGAAUUUAUUCUAUUCUCAACCAUAAGAACAGAUUUAGCCAAAUUUACCUAUCCUGCUUUUAACUCUUAAGUAAUUGGACAGAUGUGGCCCUAUUUACUAUGAAAGAAAACAACAAAUACUUUCUUACAUUUUCCAUUGUAAAACAAUUUUAAUUGGUAAUAAUUUUGUCCUUAAUUACAAAAAGAAAGUUUCUGUCUGUAUCAAUGUUCUGUGCUGGCAAGGCCAAGUUUGAAUGACUCUUCAUAUCCAAUCCCGGGAUACAAAAAAUCUGUCAGGAGGCCACAAAUGGGCCCCUGAGCCGCACUUUUGAACACCCCUUAUAUAUCUAGUUAGUUAGUUAACCAUGUGUUGCCACAAGGGGGCGACACCACUUAGUGUUCUUUACGUUUACUAUGUUUAUAUGUCACUGUCUACACGAAGAUAUUAUCAACUAAAGACGUACAGCGAGUCAUACAUCCCGCGCGCGCUCCCUCAGUUUUGUCACGUCACACAUUUUCCAACAGAACCUGUUGAAUGUCUUACUCUACUUUCCUCACUGUUUGGCGUGAGCGCGUUGUUGUUGAUUGAGUCGGGAUUUAAAUGAAGCGUGGAAAAGAGCGUGCGUGCGCGCGCGCGCGCGGCCACUUUCGCUCGGUCACCUCACCCCGCCUCCCCCCGUUAUUUCUGGUUGGAUCUUUGAACCUCAUCCACCUCAGAGAGCAGGGACUCAUCCUACCGAGCUGCUCAAACCGCACGAGGAGCCCGUCGAAAUAAAGUCAUCACGAGAGAGGAGGGGGGAAAAUCUCAGCAAAACUUUAUGGCUCAAACUCCACGGACGUCGUGAUUUUUACGGGGCUGAUUUAAAUGCUCUCGCGGCGGCUGUUGUAGUGGGUUUUAUUCUCGGGAGAAAUUGCACUCCGGAAAAACAAAAAGAGUUGAGAUGUUUGAUGUGAAGUGGCUCACCGCGUGCGCUCUGGCGUUGAGUGCGGUCACCCACGGCGUUGAGGUGGCUGGGCGGAAUGGACAGGAAUUUCUGGAGAAUAUUUUACACUUUUAUGGUGAGAAUAAAUCAAUUACGACAGAGAAGCUCGAAGAUAUGCUGCUGUUGAUCUCAGCCAGAAGGUCUGAAUCAAUAAGUGAAGGAAAUCCGCUGGAAAGCAAAGAGUGUCCCUCAGCGGAGCAGAUUUUGUCCCACUUUGGCUUCGGUAACGUCACUGAGCUGACCGUGGGACACCUGGGGCGGAUCUGUCCCGCCGUGUUGACCCAGGUGCUGCUGCCCUCCUGCCCCUACGUCAACCCGAUAACUGUGCCCUCUGUCGACUACUCCGUGUGGGGUUAUGGAUUUCUGGCUGUUACCAUCAUCAACCUGGCGUCCCUUCUUGGUCUGCUGCUGAUCCCCUUCACCAAGAAGCCUUAUUUCCCCCAAGUGUUGACUUACUUUAUAGGCCUGGCCAUCGGGACUCUCUUUUCCAAUGCUGUGCUUCAGCUCAUACCAGAGGCUCUGGGCUUUGAUCCUAAAGUAGAUAACUACGUGGCAAAGGCAGUUGGCAUAUUUGGAGGAUUUUACCUUUUAUUUUUUGUGGAAAAAAUACUGAAAAUGUUCCUCGGGAUUGGCCUUGAGCACGGCCACAGCCACUUCACUCCCGCAGACCUGCCUCGGGAAAACAGCGUCCAGAACGGAGACGCUUGGGUGAAAGGCGACUCUGUGGUUUUGACCAACGUCGCCACCGUUUCCACGGAUAAGAACAGUCCCGCCGUCGAGCCCCAACAGGACGCCCAGGUGUCGGAAGUGAUGUGUCAUUGGCUGCGCGGGAAGCGCAUCACCAGCAUCAAGACGGUGGCCUGGAUGAUAUCUCUGAGCGAUGCUGUGCACAACUUCAUCGACGGUCUGGUCAUCGGCGCAUCGUUCACCGUGUCCGUUCUGGCGGGGUUCAGCACGUCCACCGCCAUUGUUUGUGAGGAGUUUCCCCAUGAGCUGGGCGACUUUGUUAUCCUGCUGAAUGCUGGAAUGAGCGUCCCGCAGGCCGUUUUCUUCAACCUGCUGUCGGCAAUGUCCUGUUAUGUCGGCCUCGUGUUCGGCAUCCUGCUUGGAAACAGCUUUGCCCCGAAUCCUAUCUUUGCCAUCGCGGGAGGAAUGUUCCUGUAUAUUGCACUAGCAGACAUGUUUCCAGAAAUGGACAGUAUAGCAAAGGAACAACAAAAAACUUCAAGCAAGAUCGUCUUCUUUCUGAUCCAGAACGCCGGGCUGCUCACCGGCUUCGCCAUCAUUCUGCUGAUCACCAUGUUUGCUGGGAACAUAAACCUGGGAUAGGAGAGGAAAACAAACAUCCUCACACUGUGCCUUUUUUUUGUUUGUUUCUGCUCACACACAGGUUGGACUGAGUGUGAACGUAAAAUGAAUGUACAGACUAAACCAAGUGUUGAAUGUGUGUUGAGCUUUUAUACUUUUUUUUUUGGACUAUCAAUCUAGUGAAAUUUUUUCUCCAUAAGAAGGGAAUUUUUAUACAAUCAACAUGUAAAAAAAAAAUCAAGAACAUUUAUCUUAAAGAAACAAUAAAUUAUUUUUAGUCUUCAAAUGUGAAAUGGUUUCCAUUCACCUAAAGUGUGUUGCAUACAAUUGAAUAAAAACUGAUGAUUUUUAGCUUUGCUUCAUACAGUUUUUUAAACUCUA